AUAGAGAAGGGACUCGCAAAUGCGCGAGCCUCGAUUCGACGGGCCAUCCUUUCGCACAAUUACACUUCAAGCAAGGGAGAAGAGUUCGUCCAGAGAGGCGCCGUGUAUCGCAACCCUUAUGCCUUUUAUCAGAGCUACAUUGAGAUGGAGAAGAGAUUCGAGGUGUGGAUAUACAACGAAGGCGAGCCACCGAUCACGCACGGCGGUCCGGAGUCGAGCAUUUAUGCUAUCGAAGGGCAUUUCAUCAGUGAGAUAGAGGAUGAGAAGAAUCCGCUGAGAGCUCGCCGCCCUGACGAGGCUCAUGUGUUCUUUCUCCCCAUCAGCAUUGUCAACAUUGUAAAGUACAUCUACCGCCGCGACAUGAUCGACUACUGGGGGCCUCAGCGCCGCUUAGGCGCAGAUUACGUGGAUGUGAUAGCUAGUAAGUAUCCUUACUGGAAUCGCAGCGAGGGGGCCGAUCAUUUCAUAGUCUCCUGCCAUGAUUGGGCACCGUACCUUUCCGGUGCCAAUCCUCAGCUCUACAAGAACUCGAUUUGCGUGAUCUGCAACGCGAACAUGUCGGAAGGCUUCGAGCGUGGAAAGGACGUCACGCUUCCCGAAGUAAACGUCAAAGGUCGGCGCCUCCCCCGUCACCACACGAUCAACCGUCCGCCAACCGAAAGAACGAUCCUCGCAUUCUUUGCAGGGGGGUCGCAUGGCUACCUCAGGGAACUCCUGCUUCGACACUGGCAGGGGAAGGAUCGGGAAGUCGUCGUCUACGAGUACCUGCCGAGGGGCCUGAACUAUGACGAGUUCAUGAGCUCGACCAAGUACUGCUUGUGUCCCAGCGGGUACGAGGUAGCAAGCCCAAGGAUCGUGGAGUCGAUAACAUCAGGUUGUGUACCGGUGAUCAUAUCCGUGAACUACUCAUUGCCUUUCAGUGAUGUGCUUGAUUGGAGUAAAUUCUCAGUGCAGAUACCUGUUGAGAAGAUUCCUGAGAUCAAGACCAUACUACAAGGAAUUUCUGGGCGGCGGUACGAAGUAUUACGGGCGAGGGUGGCUCAGGUGCGGCGCCACUUUGAGCUCAACCGACCCGCGAAGAGGUUGGAUGUGAUCCACAUGGUGCUUCACUCCAUAUGGUUGAGGAGGCUAAAUCUGAGGCUUCCUUAUUGAAUGUAGU